UUCGUAGUACAUUUUGCAAAAGAAAGAAAAAUGUUUUCUUUUUUAUUGUGAACAAGGCAUAUAAACAAGAUAUUUGUUGAAUCUCGAAGUUGUCAGAUCUCACAUUAUUUUAGGGUUUUGGUUCCUUUUCUUUUUAUCUUUCUCUCAAUUAAUUUGUUAGAUCGAGAUUCAAACAAUUAUUGUCGGUGCUAAAAUACCCUUCUUCCUCCAAUGGGUUUAAGGGUUUUCAUCUCCUGCUUUACCUGUUAAUUCAAGAGAAUUUCCCCCAGUGAGUUUAUAAAUUCCAUUUUCAUUUCAUACAUUAAAAGUAUCAAAUUCAAUUUCUUAUCUCAAGUAUUUUGAUUUGAUUUAAUCUUAUGCUACUAGAUCUAUUAGAUUUACAGUAAUGGCUUCAGUUAAAUUUGAUUCUUCGAAGCAAUACUAUGCAACAAGUAGUUUAGUUAUUGGUUAUGCACUUUGUUCUAGCUUACUUGCAGUCAUUAACAAGUAUGCAAUUACACAGUUCAAUUUCCCUGGUCUUCUAACAGCUUUACAAUACUUAACAUCUUGUUUAGGAGUUUGGAUUCUUGGAAAAUUAGGGUUUCUGUAUCACGAUCCAUUCACAUUUGAAACAGCUAAGAAAUUCUUAGCUGCUGCUACUGUUUUCUUUCUAGCCAUCUUUACGAAUACCAAUCUACUUCGUCAUGCCAAUGUUGAUACUUUUAUUGUGUUCAGAUCUUUGACGCCUCUUUUGGUUGCAUUGGCUGAUACUGCUUUUAGAAAACAACCUUGUCCUUCAAAACUCACUUUCGUAUCUUUGUUGGUUAUCUUGGGUGGUGCUAUUGGAUACGUUUCAACUGAUUCGGGUUUUAGUUUAACGGCUUAUUCAUGGGCAUUUGCUUAUAUGGUAACAAUCACUACGGAGAUGGUUUACAUCAAACAUAUGGUCACAAAUCUUGGAUUGAACACUUGGGGUUUUGUAUUCUAUAACAAUUUGUUAUCUUUGAUGAUGGCACCAAUAUUAUGGAUCUUAACGGGAGAGUAUGUUGAUGUCUACACUGCGUGGGAAUCUAAUACCAAUAAUUGGGUUGGAUCUGGUGCAUUUUUCGCUGUAUUGUUGUCGUGCUUGUUUGGAUUGCUCAUUAGUUUCUUCGGAUUUGCGGCAAGAAAGGCAGUUUCUGCAACUGCUUUUACAGUUACUGGUGUGGUGAAUAAAUUUCUUACGGUCGCAAUUAACGUGUUGAUUUGGGAUAAACAUGCUAGUCCUCUUGGUUUGGUUUGCUUGCUUUUCACAAUUGUGGGCGGAGUUCUUUAUCAGCAAUCUGUUACCGGCGUUAGUAUCGUUCCAGUGCAACACGAUUUUGCUGUUUCUAAGCAGAUUAAUGUGGAUGAUGACAUUGAUUCAGGAGAUGAUAAUCAAGAAAAGGCUAUGUCAGGCAAGUAUUCUGGUGUAUAAGAUGUAAGAAAAGAUUUUUUUUCUAACAUUUAGAAAGCUACAACUGUCAGUAGUUUGGCAUUCCCGUUGGUUCGAGAUUAUAUUGUAAUGCAUCUACGUGUACUUGCUUACGCAGCCUCAGUAAGAUAUGCCAAUUAUACAUGUGUUUUGUAAGUGUCUGCCUGCUGUUGGUAACUGUUAUUGCAGGGCCUGAUAGUUUUUCUAUCAAAGAUGAUUAGGCUGAUUCGAAUGGAUGCCUAUAAGUAAGUAGAUAAUCAAAUUGUUUUCUUUUUUUUGUCGGUUAUACUCUUAAGUGUGCUUUCUUCAUGUUCUCUUUAUACAUUUUUGUUUCUCUCUUAA